AUGGGCUCCGAUCCUCAAUUCGCCAAAUACCCCGACCUCACCCUCGCUCAACACAUCUUCUCUCUCGCAAACAAUCCCCAGACUACUCAACCAACGUCAUUAAACUACCUUCAAAAUGCGAUCAAACAACACAAGAUGGCGCCACUGUAUCGGCAUCUGGCUCACCCUACCGAAGGUGUGCUGAACUCGGUCGGUGAAAGCACAGCUCAGCAAGUAACCCUGCCACAAAAACCUGCGGCCCGGAGAGCAUCACUGGUGUCCAGCAAUCUGUUACCACCUAAGAGACCUGUCCCCUCCGGCAUCCUACCAUGGGACGAAUCUCUCUACGAGGAGCUGAAAGCCGACAACGAGAAAGAAUUGGAAGAGUUCCAAAAAGAAGAGGAGGAGGCUGAAGAGAAGGCUGGUGAAACAGAAGUGCAGGCUGCCAGGAGCAAGCGAGCUGACUUCUGGGCUCGGGUUGGUGACAAGGACAAAGCAAUUGCUGCCUACGAGACAGUGUUCGACAAGACCGGUCCUCUGGGGACCAAGAUCGACAUCGUUCUUGCAAUCAUCCGGAUAGGCCUCUUCUUCAACGAUAAAGCCUUUGUGAAGAGGCAGGUUGAUCGUGCGAGCAUACUGGUGGAAAGCGGCGGCGACUGGGAUCGAAGAAACAGACUGAAGGCAUACAAGGGGCUUCACCUCCUCACUGCGCGGUCCUACAACCUCGCCGCACCUCUACUACUCGACAGUCUUUCCACCUUCACGAGCUACGAGCUAUGUAGCUACUCAUCCCUCGUCGUCUAUGCGGUACUUGCAGGUUCAUUAUCACUCAAGCGGGUCGAUUUCAAGGCGAAGGUGGUUGAUGCGCCUGAGAUCAAGGCAAUUCUAGGAGCCGGUGACGAGAAACCGGACGAGGAGAUGAAAGACGUGUCUGCAUCUACGGCUGAGCGUGCAUCUGGGCUGGUCAACGUGGCAGCACUGGGCUCUGGUCCGGCGGUCGAGUCGCAAACCGAAGCGCCCGUAGAUGUUUCGUCACUGGCACGCCUGGUCAACAGCUUGUACAGCGGCGACUAUCAAAAAUUCUUCCUGUCGCUGGCUACGGUGGAGGAGAACUUCCUGACGCAGGAUCGGUACCUUUACGAGCACCGGGCAUGGUUCGUGCGCGAGAUGCGUCUGCGCGGCUACCAGCAACUUCUCCAGUCCUAUCGAGUGGUUGGUCUGGCGACGAUGGCUCAGGCUUUUGGAGUCAGUGUGGACUUCUUGGACAGAGACCUGGCCAAGUUCAUUGCUGCCGGUCGAGUCAGCUGCACAAUUGACAGAGUGCAAGGAACCAUUGAGACGACCCGGUCUGACGACAAGAACAAGCAAUAUGCGGAUGUUGUGAAACAGGGAGAUGGGCUGAUCACCAAGCUGCAAAAGUACGGCCAAGCUGUUAGACUACGGGGCAGUGAAAGAGCCUAG